AUGCAUGAAGAAGAAGUUGAGGCUUCUGAAACUCUAAAGAAAAAGGUCAAGCCAUCGUCAACUUCUACAGUGGCUCCAACUGAAACUGAUGCAACAACUCCAAAUGUUACAAUGGCUACAACUCAAACUAAUGCAACAGUUCCAACACAACCAAAUGAUGACACUCAACAAUCUGACUACAUUGGUGACAUAGUUGAUGAUAUCAUUUCAAGCAUUCCUGACAUCAACACAUCACAAGCACCUGCUGAAGAAGUCAUAGUUGCCAAAAAGAAAAAGAAAAAGAAGGGGAAAGAGGUGAUGCCAAUGAGAAGGAGGUCAAGUGAUGGGAUUAAGAUCAACUGGUUUAAAAAAGCAAAACCAUUCACAAGGCCUGGUUCAAACCAAGACCAGCCUAUGUUUCUAACAGAUGAAAAGGGUGGUACUUUGACACGGGAAGGAAGUGGAUCUCAAUAUGCAAAGAAGAAACUUAGGAAGUAG